UCUUUACGCGGAUGGAAGAGUAGAAUAAUUGACAAUAAACACAUAUCGUAUGCCUCCGACAAAGUAAAGGUGGUUUGUGAAGCAGUUUCAGCUAUCACAUUAUCAAUGAUACAGUUUUCACCGGAAGGCGUAGUUUGAAGCUUUUCAGUCGCUGACAGCUGCCUUGACUCGAAGAAAUGGAGCAUAUCCGAACGCCAAAGGUGGAGCAGGUGCGACUUUUGGAUCGUUUCAGCAACAAAUCCACAAAUGGCACACUGUACCUCACAGCUACACAUCUCAUCUUUGUGGAGAGCAGCUCUAACAACUCAGCCUCUGCAGGACAGGAGAUCUGGAUUUUGCAUCACCAUAUAGCCUCUGUGGAGAAGCUCUCUCUGACCACCACAGGCUGUCCUCUGGUCAUCCAGUGUCGUAACUUCAGGGUCGUUCAUUUUGUGGUACAGAGAGAAAGAGACUGCCACGAUGUCUACAGUUCACUGCUGCGUCUCCUACGUCCUGUAUCCUAUGAGGAGCUAUAUGCCUUCUCCUACAACCCCAAACAGAAUGACCAACAGAGAGAGGAAGGAUGGCAGCUCAUUGAUCUGGGGGCGGAGUUUGAGAGGAUGGGCGUCCCCUGCGACCAAUGGCAGCUCACUGACGUCAACAGAGACUACAAGGUGUGUGAGACAUAUCCACGGGACCUGUAUGUUCCCAUCACAGCCAGUAAGCCUAUCAUCGUGGGGAGUUCCAAGUUCAGAAGCAAAGGACGUUUUCCUGUACUCACAUACUUCUACCAGGAGAAAAAGGCAGCAGUGUGUCGAUGCAGUCAGCCUCUCUCUGGGUUUAGUGCACGAUGCUUAGAGGACGAGAGCAUGCUGCAGGCCAUCAGCAAAGCCAAUCACAACAGCCGAUUCGUCUAUGUCAUGGAUACCAGGCCAAAGUUGAAUGCGCUAGCUAACCGAGCGGCAGGUAAAGGCUAUGAGAACGAAGACAACUACUCUAACAUCCGCUUCCAGUUUGUCGGCAUCGAAAAUAUCCAUGUGAUGAGGACCAGUCUGCAGAAACUGCUAGAAGUGACUGGGACUCGCUCUCUCUCCAUGAGUGACUACUUGGUUGGCCUGGAAAGUAGUGGCUGGCUACGGCAUAUCAAGGCCAUUGUAGACGCAGCUAUCUUUCUCGCCAAGGCGGUGACAGUGGAAGGAGCCAGUGUGUUGGUUCAUUGUUCAGACGGAUGGGACAGAACGGCCCAAGUCUGUUCCCUAGGGUCCUUGCUCAUGGACCCUUACUACCGUACAAUGAAGGGCUUCAUGGUACUGAUAGAGAAAGACUGGAUCUCCUUUGGUCACAAGUUUGCCGACAGGUGUGAUCAGUUGGAUGGGGAUCCCAAAGAGGUGUCUCCUAUCUUCACUCAGUUCCUGGAGUGUGUCUGGCAGCUGACGGAGCAGUUCCCACAGGCAUUUGAGUUCAGUGAGUGGUUCCUGCUGCAGAUCCAUGAACAUGUCCACUCUUGUCAAUAUGGAAACUUCCUUGGCAACAAUCAGAGACAGAGAGAAGAGUUGCAGCUCAGAGAGAGGACACACUCACUGUGGGCGUUUCUAAUGAGCGAAAAACAGAACUACUUGAAUCCAUUCUACAGCCCGGCAUUCUCUGAAUUGCACCCUGUGUUGGAGCCUUCCACCCUGCCUUACCAUUUCAAGUUCUGGAGGAACAUGUACCACCAAUUUGAUCGGUCCAUGCAUCCACGUCAGUCUAUCCUUAAAACCAUUCUGACUCUGAGAGAGAACAGCCGCAAGGCAGAGAGCACAUUGCAAGCACUGGAGAGUAGGCUCCAACAGCUCGGUGUGACCCCUGUUGCAACCUCUGAACCCCCUGCCCCUCCUCCCACUAGAGAUCAGCACUCCAACUCCAACACCCUCCCACCACGUCCCGACUCCCUCAUCCUGGGGGCACCUAUAAACCACAAAGAAGUGCAGCGGCAGGUGGAGGAGGAUGGGCAGGAGGAGGUCGGCGAGGAGGCCACGGAGAGCACCGACACAGAGCGGACAGUAGAAGGCAGCAGUGGCACUGAGAGCAGAAAGCAGAGCUACGGAGAGCUGGAAGGGACAUACAACAGCGAGCUGGCCAAAGAAGAGCCAGCUGUUGUCAGUCUGGAGUUUGGAGUAGCACGCAUGACCUGCUGAGAUCAAACGAGUAUUGUGGGAAACUGAGAGACAGGUGACUGAGAGAGAAGGCUUAGAAGUGUGUGCAUGUUAAGAGGAAGCUGUCAUUCUGUAUGUGAUUACGUACUGAUUACGCAGUGGUCCUGAAUGGGCCGAGUGGAUGAAGUUGUAUGUCUGUAUAGUCUAAAUCUCUAUGGAAAGCCUCAUUAUUAUGUCAUAUAUAGCACCUAUAGGAAAAAGGCUUGUUUUUUUUAUGAAUGUUGAAAAGCACUAUAGGGAGGUAAUGAAUAGAAAAAGAGAAUAAAUUCAUCAAAAAAAAACAGCGAGUCUUCUAGUUUGUGGCCUUGAUAUUCCAAACAUAUUUCUCCUCAUGAAAUCCCACACAAAAUCACAGUUUUUGGCAGCAGAAAUAUUUCAUUACAUCCAACAGUUUGAAUCCAACCUAAUCUGAAUGUUGCUUGUGACCUGAGCGCAUUUUGCUCCAGUCGGACAGAUUGAAAAAAAUAAGAAUCCUUAAUGAUGUAGAACGUCACUUCUACAUCGUUAAGGAUAUUCUAUGAUAGUAAAUUACGCUGAGUCAAAAUUCGGCUACAUCACUAAGUGCAUCUGACUAAAUGCAGUUUUAGUUGUUUUUUCAUGGUCUGCGGUCAUUUCUCUUAUUUAACCAUUGAUCUGACAAUGGUCCAGGUCCAGCUGUCCAACUGUCCCCUUUAUUGAUCAUUUAAUCCUAUUUUACCUCUCACAUUGAUCAGAUAAUCUGACUUCCUAAUGUGCAUUGAUCCCAAAAUCCUAUUGGACUUCUGAGUCUGCCAUGUCAGUGGCUUAUCAUAUAUGACAGCUGACCGUGAUCAUGGGUCAUUGUCAUAUGUAGGAUAUGAUUGCUGGACUUAUUUAAAAAAGAGAAUUUUACUGAAGUUGAUUUAAAAGAUCAACUUUCGAAGAUCAACAAUAACCCAACACAGCACUUGCUGUAUAUCAGACUGUGUAACUUGAUAUGUAUAACAUAUAUAUUAUCAUUUAGCACUAUACAAAUAAAUUUAAUUGAAAAAUUGAAUAACCAGUACGGCUUACUGUAGCUGCCAAUGCUGGAUGUUAAAAUACCUUUGGAAUAAGCACAGCUAGAUAAAAUAUUGUUGUUGAAAAAAGUAAUGGAAUGGCUUUAGGUAAAAAAAAAAAAAUCUUAAGGUUUCUUCUUGUCAUUGCCACAUAUUAAAACAUUACUUUGUUUUAACUGGGUUAGGUUUACUGCCCUGGGAGAUAGCAUGUGAAUUUAGGGCAAAAGUUCUCAUUUCUCAUUUAUUUUUGAGCCAGACUGUGUUUUGGCUCAGCUUUUAUUUCUUGAGAACAUAAUAAUUCUGUGUUAAUUUCAGACUAUGGUUGUAAGUUUGCUUCAUAUCAAAGCUCAGAAAGGAUUUGGUCUUCAUUGGAUUUUAUUUACUGUACAGGAAAACAUUUUCUCAAUCAGUGUGCUGCAGAAGGACAGGAUGUUAAACCAGGAGGAUGUCAGGAUGAUCAGGGUCAAUGUGUAAUGCUAUGCAAAUUCUUGAUCAUAUACAUAAAUUUUGUUUGUACUGAGGUUUCCAUGGCAACUUCACAACACUAAACUCAGUUCAUUCUGCUGUGUUUUAUCCAGCCUGGGUGCUAUUAAAUACUUGGAAUUUGUGCUUACAGCUUUGGCAGUGAACUUCCUCCUUACACACCAAUCUCUUCAGCAACAUCACAUACUGUAGGAAAAAAUGGAGUUCUUACACACACAUAAACCAUUCAUACCCCAUACAGCCAUUGGAUAAACUGAGCACUGGCAAAAAUACAUUGUCUAUGAGUAAACACACAAAUCAUUAUUCAUCUGUAACAACUUGCAGUGAAGUUUUCCUGGUAGUAUAUACCCCUGUGUCAACUUUUUCCAAGCUCCAUAUGCUCAAAGUUAACUGAAAAAAAGAGGAUAAUUGAUGCAAAGAGUACACAUAGAAGAAUAGGGUUUUCAGCAAGUGAAAUGUGGUUUCAUCCUUAAACUAUCUUUUUUAUUUAAAUUCCAAAGUAAGUCUUACAGUGUGAAAGUAAUUUCAAAUUGCUUGAAUAUGUGUAUAAUAUAAUUAUAGUGUUAUAUAUUUUGUAUAAGGAAGUCAUUCAAAGUACAAAUUGAAAUUUUGGAAUUAUUGCAUAUUGUUGUUUAUGACACAUUUGGAAUGUUGACAAAGUGGUAACUGAGUUUAUCACACCUCUAAUACUAAUUCACUACUGUUAAGGCAGUCUUCCUGUAGCCUACUUGUGCACAUUAUUUCACAUUAAACAUUGAGAAGUCUCUUCUAGAGACAAGCUGCCGAGGGGCUCUCCCAGGGUUUUGAAUCAUUCAGAUGUGUACUGCACGCCAUGCUGGUAGAACACCACUGAGGACAAGGAGGGAAUACUGUACUUACACUCAACACAAAAGCAUUCAAUACUCAUUCAAAUGUCUAUACAUACUGAGAACAAUACAAUACUCU